CCAGCUCUCCCCCCACGAAGGCGGAAACACGCCACAGAGGAGCCGCGCACACCAACGCCCCGCAAACCCAACCCAGCACCGCCAACACCAAGCCCAGCAGCUGAAGACCUGUUGAAGCCAUGGCUGCUGAAAGACACUUGAAUGUGCUCUCAAUCAAGAUGGGUUCGAGCUCAAGAGAAGACUGCGACCUGAGGAUCGUCCUGCUGGGGAAGACUGGAUCAGGAAAGAGUGCAUCAGGCAACACCAUCCUGGGACACAGUGUUUUCAACUCAGAGGCUUCUCCAUCCUCUGUGACCAAGACAUGUAAAAAGAAGUCUGGCUACUUUGAUAAAAGAACUGUGACUGUGGUCGACACCCCUGGUAUCUUGGACACAUCAAUGAAUGAAAAACUGUUGAACAUUGAAAUAGAGCGAAGUCUCACACUGACUGACCCCGGACCACAUGUGUUCCUGCUGGUGAUCAGACUGGAUGUACGGUUCACAGAAGAGGAGAAGUCUGCCAUCAAGUGGGUCAAAGACAACUUGGUGAGGAAGCCUCCAAACACACACUGGUGCUUUUCACCAGGGGGGAUGACAUCAAGGAGAAGACCAUUGAGACUUUUUUAUUCGAGGGACCUGAACUAAAGGAGUGUAUCAGUUGUUUUACGGCUGGGUACAUUGUGUUUGAAAACACAUGCAGAGAUAAUCGCACUCAGGUGGCUGAUAUGUUUGAAAAGAUAGACAAGAUGGUGCAGUUGAAUGGUUACAACCCUUAUACCUGGAGCAUGUACGAAGAGGCCCAGAGAAAGAAGAAUUCAAGGGAAUGGCGGAGCAAGUGGGCAAACAAUUUGAAGUACGGUACUCAUUUGUUAACUGCAGCAACAAUCACAGCUGCUGCUGGUGCUGCUGGUGCUGCUGCU